AAUAAAAUAUCAUGGCCUUUAUUUUCUGUUAAUGUAUUCUUUGUCACCGUAGGAUUACAGAUAGCGCAGCAGUGAAGUCCAGUUCUUCCAGGGAACAAGCGUUUCAUAAGUUUCUAGUAAUGGCAACCUACACUUGCAUCACUUGCCGCGUGGCUUUCAAGGAUGCUGACAUUCAGCGUGCCCAUUACAAAACUGACUGGCAUAGAUACAACCUGAAGCGUAAGGUCGCUGACAUGCCUCCUGUCACAGCUGAGAACUUCCAAGAGAGAGUCCUAGCGCAGAGAGCAGUGGCAGAGGAGCAGAACAAAAUCACUGCCACUUACUGCACAGUUUGCAGCAAGCGAUUCUCCACCUUCAAUGCCUACGAGAAUCACUUGAAGUCCAAGAAGCACUUAGAGUUGGAGAAGAAAGCUGUCCAAGCUGUCAGCAAGAAGGUGAAAAUACUAAAUGAAAAGAACCUGGAAAAGGGGCUGGCUCCAGAGAGUAUAAACAAAGAUGAAAUGAAUGCAGCUAUUCAGCAAGCCAUCAGAGCUCAGCCAUCUUCCUCUCCAAAGAAGAUGCCUUUGCCUCCUAGUGAUGCAAGUAGCUCUCCUGUUUCUGUGGUAAGUGCCAGCUUAUCACAGAGUAGAGAACGAUCGGAAAAACCUCCACGGCUACAGUGGUUUGAACAGCAAGCGAAGAAGCUGGCCAAACAACAGGCAGAGGAAGAAGAGGAUACAGAAGAAGACUGGGAAGAUAUGGAUUCUGAUGAAGAGAUUGGCUCUGAAGAAGAGAUGGAAAGUGCGGGAGAAGAGGAUGGGCAGACAGAAGCUGAAAGCACUCCUGCUGCUGGGGCCAUACCAGUCACAGACUGCUUAUUCUGUCCCCACCAUUCCAGAUCUCUCACAAAAAAUGUGGCACAUAUGACAAAAGCUCACAGUUUCUUCAUUCCAGAUAUAGAGUACCUUGUGGAUCUCAGAGGACUAAUCAAGUACCUGGGAGAGAAAGUUGGCAUUGGGAAAAUCUGCAUCUGGUGCAAUGAAAAAGGGAAAUCCUUCUACUCUACAGAAGCAGUACAGGCUCACAUGAACGAUAAAAGCCACUGCAAACUCUUCACAGAUGGAGAUGCUGCCCUGGAAUUUGCAGACUUCUAUGAUUUUAGGAGCAGUUACCCUGAUCACAAGGAUGGGGAAGAUGUGGAGGUGCCUGGAGAGCGCCCAACAGAGAGAGAGUUGGAUUAUGAUGAUGACACCAUGGAGCUGAUCCUUCCUUCAGGUGCAAGAGUGGGUCAUCGUUCUUUAAUGAGAUACUACAAGCAACGAUUUGGUCUGUCAAGAACAGUGGCCGUAGCAAACCACAAGAAAACAGUGGGUCGGGUGUUGCAGCAGUACAGAGCUUUGGGCUGGACAAGUCAGACAGGCGCAGCCUAUGCUCAACAGCGUGAUAUGCAGUACCUGCAGAGGAUGAAGUCAAAGUGGUUGCUCAAGACAGGAAUGAGUAACAAUGCUACAAAGCAGAUGCAUUUCCGGGUGCAAGUCAGAUUCUGAGUUCCCAAGAGAGCUGCAUGCAACUGUUUUCUGGAAAGAGGGAUUUAAUGGCUUCUGGCUUGAGGAUUUUGUUGCUAAAAUGGACUCGGUACUUACCAAAUGGGAUGUGUAUGCUGGUGUGCCUUCCUGUUUAUGGGAAGAAGAGCAGGGAGCGUGUCUCUUCCAGUGAGAUGAAGGUUGGCUUAACUUAAAAAAUAGAAAUAUGUUAAAUGGGAUAUGUGGCAAAGUAGUCCCAGCUGUUAACUGUGGGGUAGUUGAUGUCAUUUGUCUGAAUGUCUUCAUUUUCCAGUUCUGCAAAAUGCCAAGAGAAGAUCCUAGGCCUGGGAGGCUGAGAUGCAGUGUGUUGAAUGUUUUCAGUGGUGGUACCAUAUGUAAGUUAGCUGGGUGUUUUGGCUAUCUAGCUGGCACUAAAGAGGUGAAAACUUGAGAUUGUGGGAUGGUUAAGUGGUAAUUGGUUGAAGAAAUGCACUGAUGAAAAAUAGAACUCCAGGAUUAAUACUGUCCUCAGAAGUUGACUGUGCUUGCUUAAUGCUUCAUCUCAGGGCUGGAUUAAUAAUUUACAGUGAAGUUGCUUUAUAUUGAAUUUAAUCAAUUUUCCUACCUAAAAUCUGCUCAAAAGUACCAUAAUGUAUAGAUCAAUGUCAGUCAAAAUUUCAGAUGAUCUUUUAAAGAUUUCUGAUUAAAACUCUAAAUUUACUGUUGAUUUCAGCUUUGGUUGUUCCUAAAACACCUGAGUACUGGUGUUUUGUAUGAUCUUGCUGGAGGAAGGUGACCCCAGGAGGCAUGUAUUGGCUAGAGUGGAGGCACGGUUUCCCACUGAAGUCGAUGAACUGUUACAGGCAGGUGUAGACAAAAUCUGCCUGUUAAACAGCUGAGGCAGCAGCACUGCUGUUGGUCCUGGUGCUGUAUGUGUUUAAAAGCUUCCAUGACCUUACCAGUUCCUCUGACCUCACGUAAGGAGGUGACACACACAAAGGUGUAGACUCACUCAUGAAGCCCCUAGCUGUAGCAUGCUGGACGCUAUGAUUGUAUGAUGCCACGGGCAAAUUGGAGUUUGCUUGGCUAUGCAUUCAUCAUUAAGGCAUUUGCAAGUGGUUACAGUCAGAUUGCACUGCUGCAUUUUAGGAUGACUCUGGAUUCCCUGGUAGUGACUUUCAUUGGCAUGACUUUCAUACAAAUUUUUCUGCCUCUCUUGUGAA